UCGACGUCAACAAGAGUCAGUUGCUUGACACGGUCUGCCGGAGGAGGAUAUUCGUUGGCAAUUGCAAGAAGAUGCGUCUGGUUAUCUUAGACGAUGCGGGCAGAGUGGCCGAGUGGGCAGCGAGAUAUAUCAUCAAACGGAUCAACGACUUUAAACCAAACCCAGAGAAGUUCUUUGUCCUUGGCUUGCCCACAGGAAGCACUCCAUUGGGCACUUACCAAAGACUAGUGCAAUAUCAUAAAGCAGGAAAGAUUUCAUUCAAAUAUGUCAAGACGUUUAACAUGGACGAAUAUGUUGGUAUCCCAAGGGACCACUCCCAGAGCUAUCACACCUUCAUGUGGGAGAAUCUCUUCAAGCACAUAGACAUUGACCCUGCUAAUGCACACAUUCUGGACGGCAAUGCACAGGACCUGGAGAAAGAGUGCCAGUUGUAUGAGCAGAAGAUUAAGGAAGCCGGUGGGAUUGAGUUAUUUAUGGGAGGUAUAGGCCCAGAUGGCCACAUUGCUUUCAAUGAGCCAGGCUCUAGCCUUGUUUCGCGAACCCGUGUCAAGACACUCAACCAAGAGACCAUCACAGCCAAUGCCCGUUUCUUUAACAAUGACAUGUCUAAAGUUCCAAAGCAGUCACUUACUGUGGGCGUUGGGACUGUUAUGGAUGCCAGAGAGGUAAUGAUCCUUAUCACGGGAUCACACAAGGCCUAUGCCCUUCACAUGGCGAUUGAGGAAGGGGUCAACCACAUGUGGACUGUAUCAGCAUUCCAGCAACACCCCCGCACCCUUAUGCUCUGUGAUGAGGAUGCGACUCUUGAGCUGAAGGUCAAGACUGUCAAGUACUUUAAGAAUCUUCAUGAUACUCAUUCAUGCCUGAUGGAGGAGGAACUUUGAUAAGGUGAUGGUUGCAUGGCUGUAUGCAGAACAUGUAGA